AUGGAGUAUCAGCGCUUACAGCUCCAGGCUAAGGAGGCGCAGCGCGCACAAGAAGAAGCACUACUUGCUAAGGAGACUCUUCAUAAACAACUGGAUAGGAAUCGUCGCCUGCAGGAAGCCCAGAGAAGGGUGAGAAUGGCUAAACUGGCCUCCUCAGUCCUAAACACAGAUGCGCAGGCUGUUUCACCAGAGCCCUCAUUAACUCCUGAAGGCUACCUCCAGCUACCACUCAGCCACCUUCUGUGCCAAGACAACCCACACCUGUGCCAGACAACGCUCCGAGCCUUCUUCAAGCCACGCAGCCAACGCAAUAUGCUGAUUGCUUCCACUUACGGUAUUCCCAGGCCUACCCUGCCUUAUUUUGAGAGUGGACGUGAAAGCGACUUUGCCCUGCUGAAGAUGGCACUCGACAACCUCCUGAGUACCCACACUCACCUCAGUGAACAGUAUAAGUAUCAGCCCUACACCACGGCCUUGAAAGCUCUUCAAGACAAGUACGGCCAACCACGGCAGCUCGUUCAAUCUGAACUGGGUACAAUAUUGAGCAUGCCAGCUUUCAAACCAGGAGACUUUGCUGCAUUCGACUCCUUCGCCCUGGCGGUGCAGUCAUUGGUUGGAAUGCUAAGGUCACUUGAGGGUCAUAACAGUUACGAGCUGAUGUGUGGCUCUCACGUUGAUCGCCUGCUGAGCAAGAUGCCGCCACACCUCCGUGACAGCUUUGUGGAAUACUGCCUGACCCGUGGUAUCCUUCAGACAGUUGUGCAACAUCUGAACUUCAAGGGUGAUUCCGAGACCCUGGCUCUCCGGACAGUGCAUCGAAAAGUUGAACACAUUGCUGGCUCAUCUAUCUCCUUUGAGAUUUCUCCCAUUGAGAACCCCUCUGAGAGCAGCGUUAUCAGCACCUUAAGGGUCUUCCACUACGCCCGUUGA